AUGGCGGCCCUCCAAAGCGCCUUCACCAUGCGCAGCAGCAGCCUGGCCUUCAAGAGCAGUGUGGGCCAGACCGAGGGCCUGAACGCGCAGGCCAUCCGCACCCAGCCACGCGCCCCUGUUGGCAUGCCGCUGGUGGAGAACCGUGUGGCGAUCCGGUUCACGCGCGUGGGUCGCAAGAAGCUGCCGUUUUACAGGAUAGUGGCGGUGGACUCGCGGGUGCGGCGAGACGGCAAGCCGCUCGAGUUCCUGGGCUGGUACGACCCGCUGAAGAAGGAGGCCAACCUGAAUGCCCCCGCCAUCAAGAAGUGGCUGGCCGUGGGCGCGAAGCCCAGCGACACUGUGGGCUCGCUGCUGAAGAAGGCCAUGGUGAUUGAGAGCUGA